GCCCCGCCGUGGCGGAGGGGGACGAAUACGAGAGCCUGCCCAGCGGCGCCGCGCUCGGCACGCACAUGGUGGCCGGGGCGGUGGCGGGAAUCAUGGAGCACACGGUCAUGUACCCCGUGGACUCGGUCAAGACAAGGAUGCAGAGCUUGCAGCCGGACCCCAAAGCCCAGUACAGGAGCGUGUACGAAGCUCUGAAGAAGAUUGUCCUCACUGAGGGGCUCUGGAGGCCUUUACGUGGGAUUAAUGUCACCAUGCUGGGGGCUGGCCCUGCCCACGCCAUGUACUUUGCCUGCUAUGAGAAAAUGAAAAAGUCCCUCAGUGACACUCUGCAGCAGGGAGGAAACAGCCACCUGGCCAAUGGGAUAGCCGGGAGCGUGGCCACGCUGCUCCACGACGCCGUGAUGAAUCCUGCCGAAGUGGUGAAGCAGCGGAUGCAGAUGUUCAACUCGCCCUACAAGUCGGUGCUGUCCUGCGUGAGGACCGUGCAGAGGACCGAGGGCUUCGGGGCCUUCUACCGCAGCUACACCACCCAGCUGACCAUGAACGUGCCCUUCCAGGCCAUCCACUUCAUCACCUACGAGUUCAUGCAGGAGCACAUCAACCCCCGGCGCGAGUACCACCCCCGCUCCCACAUCGUGGCCGGGGCCGUGGCGGGCGCCGUGGCCGCCGCCGCCACCACCCCGCUGGACGUCUGCAAAACCCUCCUGAACACGCAGGAGAACACGGCCCUGAGCUCCCUCAACAUCAGCGGCCACCUCUCGGGCAUGCUGAACGCCUUCAGGACCGUCUACCAGCUGGGGGGGCUGCCUGGCUUCUUCAGGGGGGUCCAAGCUCGGGUCAUCUACCAGAUGCCCUCGACGGCCAUCGCGUGGUCGGUGUACGAGUUCUUCAAGUACUUCCUCACAAAGCACAAGCUGGAGAAAAGAACGUCCUUGUGAAGGUGGCACAGGAGCCUCGGUGGCCCCUCUGGGGGUGUGUGUCACCCCCCCCCCCAGCCAGCUCUGGGACACACAUCCCACUGGAGGAACAUGUGUUUCUGGAGGAUUCCCAUCCCCGACAUCCACACCUCCCUCCUCGAGGGGAGGUCCCGGGUCCUCCUGGCUUUAAACAAAAAGUUUAUAAAGACUUCUAAUAAUAUAUAUAUAUAUAUAUAUUUAAUAACUUUAUUUUUGGAGGAGCCGACUUGCCAACUGCUAUUUUUUUUUUCUUCUGGAUAAGAUUGAAGGUGUAGUUUCCUCCUUCCCUUAGGUUGGACAAAACCUAAGCUGGGUGGGUUGUUUGGGAUUUUUUUUUUUUUGGGGUUUUGUUGUUUUGUUUUUGUUUUUUUUAUACAGCAAAGAAGCAGAAUAUCCUGUCACAGAACUUAACUUUUAUAGAAAUAUAAAAGAGGUGGAUAAUG